CAUUGAUAACUCGCAAUGUGAGGUUAUGUUUAUAAGUGGCGGGGUUUGAUAAUAAAAUGAUCCCGAUUUUGUGUUACGUGCGACCCGCGCAAAAUGUAAAUAUUGCGAGACACUUCUUUCCAUACAAGCCGCGAAUAUCAUCUUUUCACUCAACGAACUGCCGCCAUGUAAACACAACGCCUCGCUCCUUCAAUAGAGCCGUAGAUGUCAACACAAAUGUUCCCAAAGAUGUGAUUCUGUUCAAAUACGACAAUCCUCGGUUUUUCAAGAUUUUAAACAUUUUCGCUCUUUGUCAGUUCGGUUUCUGGUCAUAUUUAUCGCAUUUUGCCUUUACGACAUUGAAAGAUGCACCAGUCGAAAAGGUAGAUGAGGAUGCCUCCUGGUUCCGGAAGAUCAAUUUGGGCGAAAAUAAGUACAGAAACACAAUCACAGUCAGCUGUUUCUUGAUCGGCUAUGGUAUCCUAGCAGCUGCCUGGCUGUUUAGCCUUCGUUCCGUCCGCUUCCUAAUAUUGCGAAAAGGUGGCCAGAAAGUGUCUCUGGUUACUUACGGCCCCUUCGGGAAGAACCGAAUAAUGGAGGUCCCUGUCAACUGCAUUUCUGCCCAAGAAUCGCGCGACGCAGCCAGAGUCCAGCUACCUUUGAAAGUGAAGAACCGCGCCUUCUACUUCAUUCUGGAUAUGAGGGGAGAGUUCCUGAACACUAGACUGUACGACCACACCGCAGGCUUAAGGCGUAAAUUAUAAACACCAGAUUAGAAAUAUAGUUAAACUUUUAUUCUACA